AUGCCUGUGAUUGUACUGGAGGCCAAAGACUUCACCAGUCCCCUGUUUUUGGUGCGGACAUGGGAAGUGUUAUCCACCUGUACCACCUUCAGUCUUGUGGCCUCGCUGGAGCCUUCGGAUAAAAAUCAAACUAACCAUCAAUCAAACAUCAACUCAUUUAGGAUCUUCUGCAUGUUCACCUGGUGCUUCUUCUUCACCCUUACUCUCCUCAUCCACAUUCUCAGCGUCAUACAGUUUCACAGCCUCAUCCCAAUAUCCUGGAAGAACCUGACCAUCACAGUGGCGGUGUUAGGCGCACUGAUGUGUCUCAGCGCCUCUGUAGUUUUCCCUUGGAUCAUCAUGGAUCACCCAAAGAGGUCACCACACUCCGUGGCAGCUGCUGUGGUCUCCUGUCUCACCUUCCUGGCUUAUACCUCAGAGUCCUACAUUCUUUGCACCCAAGCCCAUGAACAAAGAGGCUAUAUGGGCAGCAUGCCUGGUCUCCUCAAGACACUCCAGCUGUGGGGAGGUUGUCAGUUGAUACUCCUGGCUGUGGAGGCAGUCUGUGGACUGCCUAGUGGAGAACACAGCUGGCAGUCAUGGGUUUCCUGCAUGUCAUAUAGUAUCUGUGUCCUCAUGAGCCUAGUCACACUGGUGGUAAUUUUAGGUGACCUUGCGGGGCGAUGUCUCCUACCUUUUGACAGAUUUCUGGCUGGCUUCAGUCUGAUUGGGGUGUUGUUCUACAUGGUGGCCACAGUGAUUUGUUUUACCAAGGUUCUGAAACUGAGAGACCCUGGACAGAGCGUCCCAAAUAGAAGUGCGCCGCUGGUUAUCAUGGAAACAGUUGUUGCCAGUAUUACACUGUUAGCUUACACAGUGGACCUUGCCUUCUCCAUCAAACUGUUGUGUGACAGGAGUCAUUCAUGA